GUUUUCUCUCUGUCUCUGAGUGGAUGUGUCGUGCGGGUGUGCUGCGAAACAAUUGUGAAUCGGUGAAGGACAAUGGAAUCUUUACAAGAGCUUCUUGUGAACUCACUGGAGGAACUGGAAGACGCUAAAUUGAAGAAGUUUCAGUGGCACUUAAACAAUGAUCAUGAGGGUAUACGAAAGAGUGAAAUGGAGAAUGCAGAUAGGUUAAAAACAGUGGAUAUGAUGGUGGGCUGUUUUGGUCCAAAAGAAGCUGUGAAGAUCACUGUGGACGUCCUGAGGAAGAUACAGCAGAAACAUCUGGCUGAAGACCUGGCAAACAAAUACAAACAAACUCAGGAUCAGGACAGUAUGAAGACAUCUGCUCCUGUUGCAGCUGAUUCAUAUAUGGGUAACAUGGCAGAAGCCAGAAUCUCAGUGUGUCAAGUGUGUCAAGUGUGUCUCCUGAAGGAUCCAGUGAUCAUCCAGUGUGGACACAGUUACUGUAAGAGCUGUAUUACAGGCUGCUGGAAUCAGGAGGAUCAGAUGAGAGUCUACAGCUGCCCUCAGUGCAGACAGACCUUCAGUCCAAGACUUGCUUUAGGUAGAAACAACAUGCUGACUGAACUGGUAGAUAAAUUGAAGAUAACCAAACUUCUCGCUGACUGUUACGCUGGAGAUGUGCAGUGUGACGUCUGUACUGUCAAGUCCUGUCUGAUGUGUCUUAACUCUCACUGUCAGAAUCACCUUGAACAACAUGAGAGUUUCUUCAAAGGAAAGAGACACAAUGUGACUGAAGCCACCGGACGACUGCAGGAGAUGAUCUGCCAGAAACACAAGAAGAUCCUUGAGGUUUUCUGUCACACUGACCAGAAAUGUAUAUGUGUGCUGUGUUCAAUGGAUGAGCAUAAAAACCACAACACUUUAUCAGCUGCAGCACAGAGGACAGAGAAACAGCACCAGCUGAAGGAGAUGCAGAAGACGUUCCAGCAGAGAAUCCAGCAGAGAGAGGAAUAUCUUCAGAAGCUGAGAAAGGCUGUGGAGUCUUAUAAGCGCUCUGCACAGACAGCAGUGGAGGACAGUGAGAGGAUCUUUACUGAGCUCAUCCGCUCCAUUGAGAGAAGCCGCUCUGAGCUGAUACGGCUGAUCAGAGAUCAGGAAAAGCGAGCGGUGAGUCGAGCUGAAGGACGACUGGAGCGACUGGAGCAGGAGAUCAAUGAUCUGAGGAGGAGAGACGCUGAGCUGGAGCAGCUUUCACACACACAGGAUCACAUCCAGUUCCUGCAGAGUUUCCAGUGUCUCUCAGCACCUCCUGAAUCUACAGACACACCCAAUAUGCCCUUCAUUUCUCUCUUUUCUUUUGAUGACAUGAGAGAAUGUGUCUGUCAGCUGAGAGACAAACUGGAGGAUUUCUGCAAAGAGGAGCUGAAGAAGAUCUCAGACAGAGUCACAUUCAACAACAUUGUUCCUGGGCCCAGGAACGACUUCCUACAAUAUUCCCAUCAGCUCACUCUGGAUCUGAACACAGUGAAUAAACGCCUCCGUCUGUCUGAGAACAACAGACUGAUUACUGUCACUGACACAGAUCAUCAGUAUCCUGAUCAUCCAGACAGAUUUGAUGUGUAUCCUCAGGUGUUGUGUAGAGAGAGUGUGUGUGGACGCUGUUACUGGGAGAUUGAGUGGAGUGGACGUUAUGUGUUAAUAUCAGUGUCAUAUAAGAGCAUCAGCAGGAAGGGACGGGGUCAUAAGUGUGUGUUUGGACAUAAUGAUCAGUCCUGGAGUUUGGUCUGCUCUCCUGACAGAUACGUAUUCAUACACAAUAAGAUACAGUCUCGUCUCCCUGUAAAGUCCAUCAGCAGUGGAAUAGGAGUGUGUGAUGAUUAUGUCAGGAGAAUAGGAGUGUUUGUGGAUGUGAGUGCAGGAACUCUGUCCUUCUACAGCGUCUCGGAGACAAUGAGUCUCAUCCACACAGUCCGGACCACAUUUACUCAACCGCUCUAUCCUGGGUUUACUGUUUCCAUUGGAUCAUCAGUGAAACGGUGUCAUCCCUUUUAGUUGAUCACACAGAGGCUUCAGUAAAUGAUUUAUCCAAUAGAUCUAUUGUAAUUGUCAUUGUAACAGACAUUUUAAUGUGUUGAUUACUUUUCUAUAACUUCUAUUUCUACACUUUCCCUCCACUUCACAUCACAAUCAGCUCAGUUCAGAUGGUGUACUUUGCUUUUGUUGUAAUGCUGCAGGACCACAAAACAUUCAUGUCAAUAUUAGUUGUUAGAAAAAUGCAACAUACUAUGUCUUUUUUGUGUGGUAAGAUGUAAAACAAAUAUUGGUUCCUCAUACCAGUUAUCAGACAUAUAAACAUAACAUUUUUUUAUAUCAGUUAUUUAAAAAAACGGUCAAAUAUUGGUUACAUAAUUACUAUUUACUUACUACAGUACAAGCAAGUACAAAAAUGUAUCAACAAGCGUUUAUUAUUAUUAUUAUUAUUUUAUUAUAGUUUAAAUGGCUUUUUAAAAGUGUUUAGAUUUUUUUUUUAUCCUCUGAGGCUUUUAGAAGAAUGAUGUGCUUGCGUUGA